UCUAUUGCCAUUCUACUCCUUUAGCCACUUGUUUACUUCUCGAGGUUGAUGGCCUUGGCAGUGGAUUGCCUACUCGGUUUCCGAAUGUACCCAUGUUGUUGUGAUUGUGCAAUUUUUUUAUGUGAUUCUUUUGCAGGUUCUUCUACUUCAACAUCUGCAGUUGUCUCCAUUGAAGGUGUAACAAAAAUCAGUUUUUCUGGUUCUGUUGCCACUACAGUCCCGCUUUCUAAUGCUUGUGUAAUUUCAGAUUGGAUGUCUUUACUCCUACCUUUGGCUGUGGAAAGAGGAGUUUGUGUAAUUACCAAUAUGGGUGCAAGUAAGAAUUUCUUAUCAUUCACUGAGCUUGCAACAUUUCAAUUACAUGAUAUUGAUGAAUAGUUGUUUGUUACUAACAUGUCUGGAUCUUUUUCUUGGAAGUGGAUCUAUGUGUUGCAUAGGUAGCAGUCCUAAAUAUUUUUUAUUUAUAGUUUGAAUUUAGUUUUUUGUCUAAUUAGCUAGCAAUCAAAGGCCUCAAAUGUAUUUUUUAAAUAACUUGUUGGUAAAGAAUCAUUUUGAUUUGGAUUUUUUGCUUUUUUGUCUUUUUAGUUUUUGGAUUGUUGCAAAAGAAGGCUGCAAAACAGAGGUUUAUUUUAUUUUUUUAUUUUUAUUUUUAA